AUGGUCAAAGACUACGGCGUCUGGCGUGCGAAGCCUGCCAGCUACACCUUUGAGGACAGAAAGGCUGAUCCUGACUCACCUCACCUCUCGCUUUACUUCGAUGAUGGUGAUGGCGCAGAAGGUCGAGCUGCCAUCAACAUCAAGUCAGGAAACAAAGAAGAGUCCCGUCUUGCCUACUGGACAAUUUCAGAUUUUACCCAUAAUGUCACCACCAAGCUAUCUCAGCUGAGGAACGGUUUUCGUCGUCUUUCUGGUGCAUCGGAGCAGAGAUUUGAUGGUCUUGCGCUGGAUUAUAUCCGUAGCAAUCUCUUCAACCGUGCCUGCGGUCGCAUCCUCCCUCAUGAUGUUGACGGAGCAGACAAUGACAUCCUCGAUCAGUUGAGACCCAUCAUCGAUAGGGCCAUUUCAGCUCAAGCCACAGUAUACAUCUACGGCUCAGAGUUCAAUGACGGCAAAGGUAUACACAACGUCCACAUGAAUCAGGGUAAUUCCGGACGUUGGCUUAAAGACAAUGGCGUCUUCCAGGACGGUGGUCUGGUUUUUCAAUUUGAAGAUCAUUGGGAGGCUGUAUUCAUUGGCUUUGCCUCUCAGGCUGUGCAUACUGAAGACGGGCCCGAACGGGCUGGCCACCCUCUGCCCGACCAAGACUUCAUCACUUGGGCGGACCUUCUUGCCCCCGAGAGGUCCGAUGACGGCAAGGAGAAAGUCGACAUUGAAGAUUCGCCGGUGUUCAUUGUCCAGGCUCUUGUCAACCCACCUGGUCCCGAUCAGCAGCCAGGCACUGCUCCCGAGACUAUCACUCUCAAGAACAGAACUGGAGCUGAGAUUGAUCUCAGUGGAUGGAAGAUCCGUAUCAAGACUGGAGAUACUCAAACUCUACCAUCAGGCACGCGCAUUGGCCCUACUGACACCAAGACCAUUGAAACUAGCGUCCCGCUUUCUAACAAUGGUGGCAUUAUUACUCUUCUCAACGCGGAAGGAUUCAAGGUGCAUGGUGUUAGCUAUACAAGAGCUGAAGCGAACGGUGCUAUAGUUGUUUUUUAA